GCAGCUGUCAACAACAUUAUGACGUCACGGUGCCGUAUCGUAUGAGAUGCUUAGUGUAGUCUUGAGGAGGAAUUGUAUAGCUCUACCAUGUGCCAGAGUUCGUUAAAAACAAAAAGUGAUUUUACAAAGAUAUGGGCAAAAGAGCAAGCAAGUUAAAAUCUUCGGAACUGAAGGAAUUGAUGAAUUGUACUUAUUUCAGUCAAGUUGAACUACAGAAUUGGUACAAAGACUUCAUGAAAGAUUGCCCAAAAGGAGUACUUAAGAAGGAGGAAUUUCAAAACAUCUACCAGCAGUUUUUUCCACAUGGGAACCCAAGUAAAUUUGCUGAAUUAGUUUUCAAUGUCUUCGAUGCAAAUAAGGAUGGUUACAUUACUUUCAAAGAAUUUGUAUGUGCACUUUCUGUUACAUCAAGGGGCACACUAGAUGAGAAACUAGACUGGGCUUUCAGCCUGUAUGACCUUAACAACGAUGGUUUCAUCACGAAGAAGGAGAUGGUAGACAUUGUUGAUGCUAUUUAUAGCAUGGUUGGAGAGCUGCUGGAUUUGCCUCGGGAUGAGGACACACCGCAGAAACGUGUCAACAAAAUAUUCCUUCAGAUGGACUUGAAUCGUGAUGGCAAGCUUACAAAGGAAGAAUUUCGAGAGGGUUCCAAAAGUGACCCUUGGAUAGUUCAAGCAUUGACAGUGGAUUUUGAACAAUAGUGAUAUCUCAAUUUAUUUAACAAUCAGGGGUGAGAAUUCUCCUCGAAUCAGUUGUUUUCCUCUCGUGGAACAUUGCGUUUCCUAGCAUUUUAAUCAUCCUUUCCUUCAAAAUGUGUCAGAUGGCACAGAUUUUAACCUAGGAUUUCAAGAAUUUCCGGGACCCCUCUAGAUUUCCUCUUUUUUACAGUUCACCAAUUCUCACCCCUGAACAAUAUUAAUGAUCAAUUUUGAGUGAUUGAGUCACAUUUCCAUGAUUCAAAUUUAUUGAUGACAUAUUUAAACAACAGUCAUAACUUAAUUAUUCAGUCAUAUUCAUGGUGGAUUUUAAAGAAUAGAGCUAUCACAGUGAAUCAAUCAAUGUGAACAAAGUGAUGACCAAUGUAUAGUUGAUUUAGAACUAAUGAUUGUUGGAUUGUUAAAGUGCUACUGAAGGAUUUUGAAGAAUAAUCUAGCAUCAACAGUAAAUUUAGAGAAAAAAAAUUGAUCUUUGGAUUGUUUAAUUACUGACAUAUUGAACAGAAAUUAAAUUUUGGAGUAGACAUGUCAAUGCAAUAUUUGCAAUGUACUAAUACUUGUAGUGGGUUUCGGUCCCUCAUCAUAAAAUGCUUGCACAUUAAUUCAAGGACAUAUUAAAGGGACAUUCCUGAGUUUGCUGCAAUUUGUAAGAUA